GUGGAGCGUCUGCGGUAUAACAUUUGGUGGCCAACCAUCGUCAUACCUGUGUAAGAAUGGUAUUUAUUUCCACUGAUAUCCUAAUAUUUCUCUUUGAAUGAACUCCACACGAAAGAGAAUAUUGCAAGCGAAGAGGAGAGUGAAUACCCACAUAGAAUGCCUGCUAACAUGGACCUGGAAGAUGCUAUUCUCAAUGGCCUCCCACCAAAUACAAAGCAGUAUGAGUACAAGGGAUUGCAGAAUUUGUGGUCUCUAGUUUCCCUGGAGCAAGAGCGCUUCCGCAGGGACAAAACGGGAAAGACCAGCCAGUACAUGCUGUUCACCAACAUUGAAAAUCAAACAUUUCUUCAUGACUUUGAUAUUUCCAAACAUAAGUCAAGCUGGCAACUCCUUGAUUCCUACUACCCCUUUGCCCAGGUACUUCUCGUCAGGAUGCUCACAUACAAGGAUCAUGAGAGGGCACACAUGGCUCUUGUUAACCUGAUGAUCUUCAAGCUAUCAAGCAUGAAUGGUGCUAAUCUGGAAUUGGACUGGACUGGAACAGCCGAUAUCGCGACACCUUCACGAACUAAGAGAGCUGACCAGGAGGUUGCUCCCCAAGAAAUCCCUCCUGGUAGGUCAGAUCAGUGGCCAACCCUGGUGAUUGAAGCUGGCUUCUCCGAAUCAAAAUCGAAGCUUGAGUCGGACGGGAGAUGGUGGCUAGUGGAAUCACAUGGCGACGUUAAAACAGCUCUGACAAUUGAUGUCAAUCGGAGGAGACCAGAAAUUGUUAUUCAGAAAUGGGUUCCCAUUUGCACUGGACAGAACCGCACCCGGAGCCAGAUUUCACCAACUCUCCAACAGCAAGUGGUUCUUUCAAGACAGCACGAUGAGCAGGAGGCCACUGUCAGCAAUGGGCCCUUAGUUCUUCCAUUUCAAGACCUGUUCCUUCGACCCCCGGGUAAAGCUGAAAGCGACAUAGAGUUUACGGACAGUGAUUUGAGGGAGCUCGCUGAGAUGGUCUGGAAGAAGCAAAAAUUCUGAUCAAAUUGAUAUUCUAUUCAUGUAUCCACUUCAUGUUGCGAGACAUUCGUCGAGAUGUGAGACCAACCGAAACUUUGCGGAUAUUAUAAGAUCACAAGCUGGGUAGGGUGACAUAUAUCAUAACGGACCGAUUCAAAUAUUUCCUUGUAUGAUUACAUCAAUGUGACGGCCGAAGUAUUGCAUUCCUUAUAUAUCGGGAUCAUCGAUUGCUGCCGUGAGAG